AUGGCAUCAGAGCCAUCUUCAGGGCAUCAGCCCGCUAACGACAAGGGUUCUGCGCCAACCCCAUCGGAUCCCAACCUGGUUACCUGGAAUGGGCCUGACGACCCAGAGCACCCGAAGAACUGGACGCCAUUUCAAAAAUGGACCUCGAUCAUUCCUAUGUCUCUGUUCAACUUCCUCUCCUCCAUGAGCUCGGCCACCAUGGCCCCGGCUUUGACAAGCAUCCACAGCGAUCUCGGCUUCACAUCGACUACCCUGAGCAUCCUGUCGUUGACGAUUUUUGUAUUGGGGUCCGCUUUCAUUCCUCUUAUGACAGCACCCCUCUCCGAAGUCUUCGGCAGAUCAUUUGUGCUGCAGUCAAUGAAUCUGUUUUACAUCCUCUUCAACACUCUUUGUGGUGCCGCAACAUCUCCAAAUGAACUCAUCGUCUUUCGGUUUUUCGCCGGUAUAGGGGGUGCAGGUCCUUUUGCAAUAGGAAGCGGGAUCAAUGCCGACUUGUUUAAACCGCAUGAAAGAGGCCAAGCGAUUGCUCUAUUUACUUUGGCACCCUUGCUUGGUAUAGUCAUCGGCCCAAUUGCUGGAGGAUUUCUCGUCCAGUAUGUUAGCUGGCGAUGGUGCUUCUACGUUGUGUCUAUUGUCGGAGGGGCAACUCAAAUAUUGGGCCUCCCCUUUUUCCGUGAAACCUACGCCCCCGUUCUACUUCAGCGACGCUGUAAACGGUUACGGAAGAGCACCCAGAAUCCCGCUCUCUAUACAGAACACGAUAGGACUUCUCUGCCCCGGCUCCUCCGCGUGAGCCUCACUCGACCAUUCAAACUUCUUGGAACCCAACCCGUUGUACAAGUAUGGAGCCUAUACUGCGCGUUCCUUUGGGGAAUUCUUUAUCUUCUCAUCGCCACGUUCCCAGAUGUAUGGACGGUUACGUACGGUGAAUCAGUCUCAAUCGGCUCUCUCAACUAUAUUUCAUUAUUCAUUGGGAUGGGUGUCGCGUCGCAGCUGGGAACCCGCUUGGCUGACAUGUUUUAUGUACGGUUAUGCGCAAAAAACGGCGGCCGGGGACUACCUGAAUAUCGACUUCCUGUUCUUAUGGUAGGGGCAAUUCUCGUCCCCAUCGGUCUGUUUUGGUAUGCUUGGAGUGCUCGUAAGAGUAUCCACUGGAUUAUGCCGAAUAUUGGAGCCGCUAUCUACAGCGCUGGUACUCUCAUUGAGGUUCUCUGCGUAACGGGCUAUAUCAUUGACACAUACCAAAAAUAUGCUGCUAGCGCCAUGGCAGCUAUAUUUGUCUUGCGAAGUAUUUUGGCCGUUGUCUUACCACUUGCUGCACCGAGCUUGUACGCUAAUCUGGGCUUUGGCUGGGGGAAUACCCUACUUGGACUAGUUGCGAUAUUUGUGGGGAUUCCAGCACCCAUUUUGCUAUGGUAUUAUGGGCCUACUUUGAGACACCGGAGCCCAUAUGCCAGGGAUGAUUGA